GUGAUCUCCCUUAGUAUAGUUUUCCGAAAAAUGAGCAGAAAGCGUCGUUACAGGUCUGCUGGGAUACUAAAAUGGCUGCCUGAUGUUCAGAAAAAAGUUAAUGGAACUAAAAUAGCCUAGAUUUUGUUCAUAAAAAGUAAAAAUAAACAAAUAUGCCUUACGCACCAAGACAGCAAGGGCCCUCCUGCUUUGACCGAAUUAAAAUGGGCUUCACAAUGGGAAUGUGUGUCGGAAUGGCCUCAGGGUUUGUGUUCGGUGGAUUCACGUGUUUGCGAUACGGAAUGAGAGGUCGCGAACUGAUCCAAACAUUAGGCAAGACAAUGCUUCAAGGAGGUGGAACAUUUGGAACAUUUAUGGCUGUCGGAACUGGAAUUAGAUGCUAGUACAGUGAUUUUCUUUGAAAGUGAAACAAAAUGGACCAUGAAAAGUAAAAUCACCAACUGACUUUCCAAUGUCAAACAUCAGACAAUGUUCUGAUGUAACAUUAACUAUGUCUUCAGCCAGACAGUAACUUAUAUAAUAAUAAUAAUUGUAAAUUUCAAUUUCUGACCCAAAUGAUUUUUUUUAUGGUUGCGUGUGGUACUCAGAUUUUAACCUUCUCCACAGUUUUCAUCAAGAUCAAAAGACAAAAUAGGUAUGUUGGUCAAGUCAGUAAAAUUUAGAGAAGAUCAUGAAGUAUGGAAUCCAAACUCUGCAACGAAAAUGAUAAUGAUAAUGAUGUUGAUUUGAAUAAAAUGAUUUAAGACAAAGAUAUAUUUUAGUGCACUGUGUAUUUCUUAACUCAGAAAAUUUGCUUGUUUCAUUUGUUUUAAUUUUUAUGAUUGCCAUGUUGAGUGAAUUCAUAAUUAUUGUCAUUGAAUGUGAAAAUUAAAGUGCUUUAUUCUUUGUGAAAAAAAAAAAAAAGG